UGAAAUCACUUUUUCUUUGUAGCUAAGCUCUCCCCAUUUCACUUGAAAAAAUUGCUUUGUGAGCGAGCAAAUCCAUGGUUGGUGAGCUUGUUACUUACGUAUUUCUCUUUGUUUUGACUCACAAAUCAGUAUCCAAUACCUUUGAGUUUUAAAUUCCUUUCUAGGGAACAGUGUCUUUUAUGGAUUAUGAGUUCUUCACUUUCAGUUCUUAGCAUACUAAAAUAUUUUCUCAGUCACUGUAAUGUUUCCUAGUAACUUUUCUCUGUGUGCAAGCAAAUUUCAUGAACUCUUUCAGUGACUUUCUCUGAAUUACACUAUAGACAUCAGCACUGAUGCAUCUUUAUUCAAUGCAGGAAAAAUUACAACAUUUAUACUUAAAAUUUUUGUUAGUUUUUGGUUUUUUAAACUUGAGACCUAACUUAGAAAAUGUUUUUCAGUUGUGCUGUUAUUUAACUUAUCAAACAUUUCUUAUAAUGACUUUAUUCUUAUAAUAGAAUUUAUUUAUUCUCCAGUCUUUUCCACAGCAAAGCUACUAUUUUAAAGACAAUUUGAACAAUUCUGUUUUCACAGAAUGGUUGUAGUUGAUGGUUUUAAUUAGUAUUUUCUGUGGCACGGCAGUGAGUCAAUACUAAUUUGGAAUGUAUUUUUUAAAAAUACCAGGAUUGGUAUUUUAAGAUGGAAUGUUGUGAAAGUAAACAGUCCUCUUUCAGCUUUGUGGAAUGGCCUGGGAGAUACUGCCAGCCUGGUGAGUUCACAUUGCACAGACUCUUCUUGGCAAAAUGUUAAUAAUGUGCAUAAGCCAUGGAAGAUUCAUGUGAAGUGAAUGCCAAGCCUCAGGAAGCUUGGGCAGUAGAAUAAAGGUCUGCAUCAUGCUUGUGCUGAAAGGUUGGUUACAGUGAGAAUUUAGCAGAUGGUGGCAGGUGAUGUCAGCAGUUCAUAGUCCGGCCCAGCGCCAUGCUGCAGAGGUGUUCAGAUGUGCGUGCAGUAUUCUGUUUUGCAUUUCAUCUCUGUGAGGAUGCAAGAGGUGGAGAAGGGACACAGCUGGAACUAGUGAGGCUAAGUGGUUGCUGCAGCAUGAAAUGGAAAUGAAUACAAUCAUGUAUGCUUCCAGAUAGCCAUUGGGCUUUUGGUAGGCAUGAAGCAUUCUGUUCCAUGUCAGCUAAGGUUUAUGAAAAUCUGCUUCAGUGUUGACAGCACUGUGGCUUUUAAAGGAACAGGAAGAGUGGAACAGAAAAAGAAUUGUAUACACACUGUGUAUAGACCAAAUAUUAAAAAUCUGUGCAGACAUAAUUUGCAGAAUUCAUCUAGCAGUAGAACUUGAAAAGUGGAUUAGCACAGAAAUGCUCUUGUUGGAAUGCUUCCUUCCAGUGUAGCAUUUUUAAAAGCCUUGUCAAGGUGAGUUAAUGAGCAAUAUUGUCAUUGGGCAUGUCUUGGGAAAUGCAGGAGGGAUUCUAAGGAUAAAAGAUCAUGGUUGAUCUGAUGUGCUUCUACAUGCUUUCGAUGUGAGCUAAACUUUUUUCGACUGUAUUUUUUAAAUUCCGUUCUGUUCUAAGUGUUAAUGGUAGACAGAUUGUACAGUCUUAAUCAUGGAAAUAUGCAAGAAAAAACUUGAAAAUUCAGUUGAGAUCUUUAUAUUCCCUGUAAAGUAUCACAUCAGGUAUUCCCAUGCAAGACCCAUUUAAAUAGAAUAUUUUGCAUAAUCUUCAUGAGUUAAAAAAAAGUAAUCUUCAAUUCUGUUAAUACAUCUUUCUAGAUAAAAGAAUUGGAAGCACCCACCCUUUGAAGCUGAAUUGCUUGAGUUUUUUGUAAUGUUUGCCUUGUAGUUUAAGUGCUUGCCUCCUUCCUCAUUUAUGGUGAACAUUCGGUAGUAUAUUGAGGGGGAGCACUAUCAGUAAAUGUUGUCUGUCUUGAGACAAAUGGCUGCGAGUCAUCUUGGUGAUAUUUUAAUUUUUAAAACUGAAGCCUUAGGCUUGACUUAAGGUAUUGCUGAGCUUGGCUUUUGCAAAAUAAAGUUAGUAAUACAAAAGUUGUGACAUGCCAACUGUGUGUGUGCAUGUGGAUAUAUGUAUACACACACACACACGAUAUUGAGGAAGUACAGAGAUACAUAACCCUAAAGGUGACUGCCAUCUGACAUAGGAUACCUCAGUGGACAUGUCACAGAUACCUCACUUGGGUAAUUCUUGCUUUUGCUGAAAUAGGCAGUGAAUUUAAUAACCAUUUAUUGGUGAAUAUGGGAGUUCCCAAAAAGUGCAUUGUUUCCAGAGGUUAUCUUUAUUCAUUGUUACUGCUUUUCACUUUAGCUUGUGUUUGACCUUCUUCUGGUCACUUAGAAACAAGUUAUUUAAAAGAGAUGGAAAUAUAUGGGAAAUUUUUAGACUGUGCAGAUCAUGAAUGCUGAAAAUAAGGUAAAGAGGAUUCAAGAGCUUUAGGAGUCAAGGUCUAUGUUCUCUUUGUGUAUUAAUUACAUUUCAGUAUUAAACCCUGUGUUUUUUCCCUGUAUAACAGAAUAUACUCGAUUGGUUUUUUCAGGUUCUGAGUAGCAAAGUCAGGAUUGAGAUUCAUUGAGCUGAUCCCUUUGACUUGUCAGGCCUGAACUCUGAAGAUUUUUUGACUGUUCUGUUGACUGGUUGAAAGACCAUUUUGGUAACUGAGAACAGUCAUUUAAUCUUCCGGUGUUCCUGUAUCUGAAAAGUGGGUGUGAACAUAUAUUUGUCAAGUGCUCCCAAUAUAGAGCUGAGAAAUGCUACACAGGCUUUUGUGAUUCUUUCUGUUGCUUAUGAUAUCAAGCAGUAACUUGUAUAACUUUUUAACAAGCCACUAAAUUUUAGUGUAACUGCUUUGUAAUCAUCACAGUGUAAUCAAUACAUGUUGAAAUCAUUAAAUGUACUGUAGAAAAAUCUGUUUUAAUAACAUUCCCUUCCAAGCAAAUUUAGAUGUUUUCAUGGUAGUUUGCCUAGAGCUGGAAGCUCACAAUUAUUUGAAGAAUUGGUACUAAACUUUAACCAGAAAGUGCAGUUUGUCAAAUGGCUUUAUUACAGCACGUGAGGGUAGAUUUGACAGUGGGUAUGUGAUUCAGAAACAACUUUUAGCACAACAUAGGUGUACUUUACCUUAUAGGGAUUGCUGAAGAAUCUAAGUUUGUUUUAGAAGUGGGACUUUGUACCCAAGUCUGCCCUUGUUGUGCAGGGUGUUAGUCAUACAAGGAUGCAGAAUUUCAAAAUUUGUAGGUCAACACUUAAAAGUGAAGCAGAAUCCAGCAACAUAUAAUGAGUAGGACAAGCCUAGCAACCAUUAUUGCUGGAAGUCUGAGAGAUGUAAUGUGUCCCAUAAGGAUGAUUACUUCUGUUUCAGAGAUGAAGAAAUUUUGUGUCUAGAAAACAUACUUCUAUACAGUAGCAGAGAUUAAAUUGGUGGAUUUGUGUUUGUGUCAAAAGCAGCAGUACAGAUUGUGGCUUCUAAUAUGACUCAGGGAGGUGUAAGACUGAAAUAGCUUACCUACAGCAAGUUACUGAUUUAAUUAGACAUAUAGCUAAUACAUAGAAAAUCUAUAAAUUGGCAAAUUGGUCUGUUUCAUAGAGCUAAAGUUAAGGGGGAUAGAGAAGUGCAAUGAUAGGAAAACCUUUGAGCGAAUUGAUAAAAUUGGAUAAAACAUGAACAAAAUUAACUCAAAGACAAGUUAAUGCCUUUUCUUUCAUCCUCCUAACUGACAUGGAAGCUAUCCACUUUACAUCAAAUUUGGCUGUAGGCAUUGCAAAGAAAAUAAAUUACAUUUUUAAAGAAUAUUAUUAGUGUCUGCUUGGGUGAUUUCUUUGUCCUUACAAAUGACUAGGUUAAUCUGUUGGACACCAAAGUGUCCACAUAAGACCAGUUACUGGAAGCUGAUAGAGAUAGCAACCAAACUCAUAUUAGGCAGUGACUUUUUAGACAGCAGACUCCACCUACAAGCUCAUAUCCAUAGAAAUUUCAUGAUAACUUUUGGGAGCCUUUAUGAAGAACAAUAUUAUUGAUGCAAUUUGAAACAAUCUCCUGUCACUUUUUUAGUAGUCAAAAUUAGCUGUUACCUAGUGGAAAUUCAGUUGAACUUCAGAAGUUUCCAGGAGGUCAACACUGGAUGUUUUCUGAGUGCAGAAUGUCCCCUGCUGCCUUGGACCUACUGAUGACUUAGUUCAAGUGUUGAUCCAACUUCUGACUCCGUGAGAAAAGCCUGACAAUGCAUCUUUCUUCCUCCCUUCAGCAAUGCCUAAAUGCAUUGCAGGUAUUUCUGUGGGGUAUGAUACUGAUGAGGCUAACUGCAAUUCAAUAUCCUCAAAUAAGAUUAAAAUUACCUAUUUACCAAAGGAGCCUUGCUGCUAAUUGAGUACUUAAGCAGCACAGUGCAGUACCAUCUGGGAACCCAAAUUCAGAGUUAUGUGGGAUCCUCGGUUUCACACUGAGCUUACUGAAGAAGUAGUAUAUAUAGCAUCUGGGGGGGAGAUCCCAAAGGAAUGAGCAGCAGUCUCAGAAGAGUAGAGUUAUGUAACUACUCUUUAUAAAUAUAAUUUAGAUGGCAGUGAUGGGCAAAAGGCAUUUUAGAAGCAAGAAGUUUUUGCUGGUGAGCACUGUACAAACUCGUACUGAAAAGGUUUUCAGAAGAGCAAAGAUCACAGUUCAGAUGAGCAUUUCAGACUGAAAACUGCCAUUGGCCUCAUGUAAUCCAAAUAUUAAAUAAAAAAUCAUCCCUAUUAACUUAAUUUAAGUCUGGUGAGUAUAUUUUUAUGAAAACAGGGUAUUUUAGGUGCUGGGGAAGCAGCACUGCAGCUCUUCCAGCAGCCUGGAUGUGUGCUAACAAGUUGCACAAAACUCACUGGUGUUAAGCAACAGCAUUCAUAGUUGUUCAACAUAAUAAGAUGCCUAUUUCCUUUAAGUUGAGUUCACUGAAAUGCAUCUGUUACUUCACUCUGUACUCAGUGUCAUUUGGGCCUAGGAGCCUGAACCUGUACCCCAGCAAAGCCCUCGCUGUCCGAUGCAAAGCUGGACUUGGAUGUAUCCAAAAUGGCAAGACUUGUACUGCUCUUAUUAACCAACAAAUGGGGCAAACUGGAGAAUCUCUUCUGUUCCCCAGUCCCUACUUUGAGUGAAAUAUCAAUUUGGUAUUAGUACUUAACUCGUGUUUAACUUUAGGCAUAUACAUAAAUUCCAUUGAUUGCAAUUACCGGGAUGAAUUUAUUACUUAUUUGUACUAUGAAGAUAACUAAAUGCUUUCAGGGGGAGAUUUGGUCCCCUCUGUAAAGUGCUUUACAUAAAUAAAUCUGAGAUAACUAGCCAUACAAAGCCAUUACAACCUUCCAGAACAAAGAGAAAAGGAAACAGCUAAUACAGAUGUGGUUUGUAGUGUUGCUGCUAAGACUGUCAAUGCUUUCUGCAAUAGAACCGGUUUGUCUGGCUGAUUUAAAAAUUAAUCUGAAUUCUGUAAGAAGCUGUUUCGAGCUCCUUACUGAGUAGUAAUGAAAAGAUUGGCUGGGGGGAUGGUAGAAGGAGUCCCUUGGAAAGCAUCUCUGAAAAACUCUUGGUAAUUUUUUUUUUUAACAUAAUAUGUUAAGAAGAAUGUUGUUUCAUAUUUGGGAGUUUAGUGAGCAGCCAUUAUACCUGAAGGCAAAAAAUUACUUCUUCCUAGCAAUUAGUCCCUAUUGCAGAAAAGUUUCCUUUGCUAUUAGUUACUAACAAAGUGUAUAGUACAACAAUUUUAACUAAGUAGUAGAGGGUAGGUUACACCCACAAGUACAGACCAGCUCUUGAGAUGACCCAGGUAAGUGGUGUGGUUACACCUUCGCAGCAGAGACAUGCAAAGGCAGAUAAUAACAGCUGCCUGGGCAGCCUGAAACAUGGUAUCUCUAAUUAGUCCUUAACUUGCAACUUGUGUGUUGUUUUAAUGCAAAAAAGGCUGCUUGUGUACGUCUUUAAAAGCUCUGAAAACAGACUUCAGGAGCCCCACAGCCUUCACAGGGAUCAUCAGAGGGCUGGACUCUUUAAGUGGUAGAGGCUUGCAUCAUGUAUCUAAAGUUGGUAAAUAUUCAUUUAUAUGAUGAAUCUAUUUUUCAAGGAGACUUGACACUGUGACUUUCAAGUUCAUGUUUGUUCUCAUUUUGAGUAGAUUAUUAGAUGAGGAUUAGUUGAAAGUGAAGACAUAAGUGAUAGGGAAGCAUUUUGUUAAUCUUUAUUUUACUAAUAACAGAUUUAAGGUAAAGCUGUUCAAGUGCAGUUCCACAGAGGAACCAAGCCAAAACAUUGAGGAGAGGAUCAACAACAAAACAGCUGAGGAGUAAUGCAGAUUUAUUUUUUAACAUCUGGUAUUUUCUGUGCUACCUUUAAGUAGUGAGGAUGCAGUAAAAGAUUUGAAGUGACUUGAAGAGUGAAUUAGCAGCAGAGGAAAUUAAAACUCUAUACUUGAAAUCUGUAUGUAGCCUUGGCAAAGAUUGCAGUUUAGGAGGAAAUGACCCAGCAAACUUAGAAGCAAAAUGUAUUAAAUCUCCAGAAGUAGUUAUCAGAAGCUUUUGCAGAAGAAAUUUGAAAUGGCAGGUAAGACAUCUCGCCUUGACACCUCCUAAGUAAAACUUCUUAAGUUACUAGUGCACUGUCUGUGUUUUUUCGUAAUUGAGGAUUUCAGAAUUCCUCAUCUUAGUUUUAAUAAAAGGAAGAUUAUUACAACUAGAAAAAAGAUUUUGCUGUUCAUAUUCAAUAAAUACUGUCUUCCAGGAAAUCAGUACCAUUUGUCCAUAGAGAAGGUAUUCUCUCAGUUGUUGGGGUAGAAGAAUUUUUUUUUUUUCAGUUAUUAUGGUGGAAAUAAUUUGUCCUCUUUUACCAAAAGGUUGGAAGUCAUUGGGACUGCUAGGAAAGAUAGUUAGCCCUAAGGACAGAUGUGUUGGAAAUCCAGUGGCCACUUAUUUUCAGUUUGCUAACAGUUCGUGUUGCAGAAGCUGAAAUAUGAAGUUAUAUAAUAGACUGGUCAUGAAAAGUUAAGGAGUUUGACUUUAUAAUUUAAUUGAUAAAACUAACUUACAUUCCAUUAAAUUAAUCCAACAAGAGGGAGACCCAAGCACAGUAAUACUGUCAAAUGAAAAAGCUUUCUCCUUCUCAUACAUCAGUCGGCUGUUCAAUAACCUAUCUGACUGUAUAUCCAGUUAUCCCAGAUUUCUGUUAUGACUGCAGAGCAGAAAACAUUCAGCUUCACAAUUAGAAAAAGGCUUGUUUUAUCUGUUCUUAAUUUUGACAUUAACAGUGUCUGCAGUAAUCACAUGGAAAUGGAGGAGGAUCUACUCCAGAGCUGUAUUCAGACAGUGCUCAUUAGUAUCUAAUACUGUUACCCAAGUUUGUUGGUAAAACACUUAUGGAAAACUGAAUUUUUCAAUUGACUCAAGACAUUCUAGAAGAAUUAAAUCUCCUUUGAAAUAAAAAUAGGCUUAGCUGCAAACCUGCCUGUUUGCCCGCUGCCGGAAGUGAUUCAUGUGAAUUAGGACGUGUGUAGGAGUCACAGGGCUCUCGAGAGGCUUCUCAUGGUAAGGCGCAUUUGCAGUCCUGUUGCAAAGUAGCUCUGGACAGGAGAGUCACUUGAUUCUCAAGUAUGAUGUUCCAGUUCUGUUCAAUCUGUAACUUCAUAGAAUAGAGUGUAAGAUUGUCCUAGCACUCCUGAUACUCCAAACAGUGAUCCUCGGUUUUCUACAAACAACAGAUUGAUGGCCUUAAAGAAGCAGUUGGAUAUAGAACUGAAGGUAAAACAGGGAGCAGAAAAUAUGAUACAGAUGUACUCAAAUGGCUCUUCAAAGGAUCGAAAACUUCUUGCCACAGCUCAGCAGAUGCUUCAGGACAGCAAGACAAAAAUAGAAGUUAUAAGGAUGCAGAUUCUUCAGGCUGUCCAGACCAAUGAAUUGGCUUUUGAUAAUGCAAAACCUGUGAUAAGCCCUCUUGAACUCCGAAUGGAAGAAUUACGGCAUCAUUUUAGGAUAGAGUACGCUGUAGCAGAAGGUGCAAAAAAUGUGAUGAAAUUACUUGGAUCUGGGAAAGUUACCGACAGGAAGGCACUUUCAGAAGCGCAAGCAAGAUUUAAUGAAUCAAGCCAGAAGCUGGACCUCUUGAAGUAUUCACUGGAACAGAGAUUGAACGAACUUCCUAAAAAUCAUCCCAAAAGCAGUAUUAUUAUAGAAGAGCUUUCUUUAGUCUCCUCACCCACAUUAAGUCCUCGUCAGAGUGUAAUAUCUACUCAAAACCAGUACAGUACACUGUCCAAACCAGCAGCUUUAACAGGUACCCUGGAAGUGAGGCUCAUGGGCUGCCAAGAUAUACUGGAGAAUGUCCCUGGUCGAUCAAAAGCGACGUCGAUUACAUUACCUGGUUGGAGCCCAAAUGAAGCCAGAUCAUCUUUCAUAAGCAGACCCAGUAAAAGUAAAAGUGGGAGUGGUAGAAACCUUCUGAAAACUGAUGACUUGUCCAAUGAAGUCUGUGCUGUACUGAAGCUGGAUAACACCGUGGUUGGUCAAACAAGCUGGAAACCGAUUUCCAAUCAGUCAUGGGAUCAGAAAUUUACACUGGAACUAGACAGGUCACGUGAAUUAGAAAUCUCAGUUUAUUGGCGUGACUGGAGAUCAUUGUGUGCAGUAAAGUUUCUGAGGCUGGAAGAUUUCCUGGAUAACCAACGGCAUGGCAUGUGUCUCUAUCUCGAACCCCAGGGCACUCUGUUUGCAGAGGUUACGUUUUUUAAUCCAGUUAUUGAAAGAAGACCAAAACUCCAGAGGCAGAAGAAAAUUUUCUCAAAGCAGCAAGGCAAAACAUUUCUCCGAGCUCCUCAGAUGAAUAUUAAUAUUGCCACUUGGGGAAGGCUGGUAAGAAGAGCUAUUCCUACAGUGAAUCACUCUGGCACCUUCAGCCCCCAAGCACCAGUGCCUGCCACGGGGCAAGUGGUGGAUCCCCAGCUCGCUGAACUGACCCUGCCAGCCGGUGACUCUCCUGUAGCCAAGUUGGACUUUGAACUUGAGCCUGAGCCUCCACCUGCUCCACCCCGUGCAUCUUCCCUUGUGGAAAUAUGUGAAUCUUCCUCUGAGAUAAAGGCUCCUGAUGUGCCUUCUCAGGAUGAAGUAACAACUUUCGAUUUUGAAAAUGGCAGAAAUAGUAUUGUUCCAAAACUCCAGCCUGAAAUAAUCUGUGAGUCUGAUGUUCCCCAUUCAGACAUGAAAUACACCAACACCAGAGAGCCCGAAGAUAGAAGAUCACAACAAAGAUUUCAGUUCAGUCUGAAGGAUUUCAGAUGCUGCGCUGUACUGGGCAGAGGACAUUUUGGAAAGGUGCUGUUGGCAGAAUACAAAAACACAAAUGAGAUGUUUGCUAUUAAAGCCUUAAAGAAAGGAGAUAUUGUGGCUCGUGAUGAAGUGGACAGCUUGAUGUGUGAAAAGCGAAUAUUUGAAACUGUGAAUAGUGUAAGACAUCCCUUCUUGGUGAACCUUUUUGCUUGUUUCCAAACCAAAGAUCACGUGUGCUUUGUAAUGGAAUAUGCUGCUGGUGGGGACCUGAUGAUGCACAUUCACACUGAUGUCUUCUCUGAGCCCAGAGCAGUAUUUUAUGCUGCAUGUGUGGUUCUUGGACUUCAGUAUUUACAUGAGCACAAAAUAGUGUACAGAGAUUUGAAGUUGGAUAACUUAUUGCUGGACACAGAAGGCUUUGUGAAAAUUGCUGACUUUGGUCUUUGCAAAGAAGGAAUGGGAUUUGGAGACAGAACAAGCACAUUCUGUGGCACACCGGAAUUUCUGGCUCCAGAGGUGCUGACAGAAACCUCCUAUACAAGAGCUGUAGACUGGUGGGGUCUUGGGGUUCUUAUCUAUGAGAUGCUGGUGGGUGAGUCUCCCUUCCCUGGAGAUGAUGAAGAAGAGGUGUUUGACAGCAUUGUAAAUGAUGAAGUAAGAUAUCCACGAUUUCUGUCUACAGAAGCUAUCUCAAUAAUGAGACGGCUGCUACGAAGAAAUCCAGAGCGGCGUCUUGGGGCUGGAGAGAAAGAUGCUGAGGAUGUGAAAAAGCAUCACUUCUUCAGGCAAAUAGAUUGGCAUGCUUUACUGGCCAAGAAAGUCAAGCCUCCUUUUGUACCUACCAUUAGAGGAAGAGAAGAUGUCAGUAAUUUUGAUGAUGAAUUUACCUCUGAAGCACCUAUCCUCACUCCACCUCGGGAACCAAGGAUACUUUCAGAAGAAGAGCAGGAAAUGUUCAGAGAUUUUGAUUACAUUGCUGAUUGGUGUUAACUUCCACACACUGUGAAGCCCCAGCUGACUGGCUCACAAGAAUGCCUCUCUCUGAAGAAUACUGACCCUUCAAUUGCUUUCUGUGCCACCUGCAGCUUCUGGGUUUUUUUAAAUCACAUGAAGAUCCUUUUAAGUACUGUUUUAACACUCUUUUGAAGAGUGGCCUCUUUGUAUAUUGUUUUUUAUCUGAGCACUGGAAAGCAGGUCUGUGGCGUUCCUAAGCUGAGUUGGUGAACCCAGGCUGUGUUGAACUUCCCGCACAUGGGCGCACGUGGAUCUGUACAGUUUCCCUCACUCUUCCACAGCAGAUAAUACCGCUUUUUAAAGUAUCUGCCUUAAGUGGGAAAAGCAGACUUUGAGCUAGGUAAUCUCCACUCAGCCACGUUGAAGUAAGUUGGGAUACCGGUGACACUCACACAGAACCUUGUUCUAGUCGGAGAAGGCAAAUGAUUUCAGCUAAAUAUUGUGCAGUCUUUAAAACUACACAUUUUUACGUACACCUUCAUCUUGUGUUCUUAAAAUAAUGGUAUUGAGAACAGAUAUGCCUUGUUUUGUAAAUUUUCUAUGGUAUUUAUUAGGAAAAAUGUUAAACACCUUGCCUUUGAGAUAACAACUGUGUAAGUGCUUCCAGUACAAAGAAAAACCCAGAAAAAUCCGGAGAGUUUACCAAAGUCACUUGCCAAACAGUUUUGCCUUCAAGCUCCUUGAGCAUGGCUUAAGGCCCUGGUUGGGAUGAGGAAUGUAAGGAGGACGCUGCUCAGUGUAACCCCAGAGCGGAGCAGCCGCAAGGCCCAGGCCCAGGCCCAGCCCCUUCCGUACUCACCUCGAGCCUUUCCCGCACCCUGAGGGGGCAGAGAAGUUCCCAGUCUGUAUCUAACCCCCUCCAUCCUCCUCUGUCUGAUGUACAGUAUCAUAUCACUUAGGAAAAGUAAGAAUUUUCAAUGUAUACAUGCUGUGAACAUGUAUAUUUGGAAGUUGUAAUGUAUUCUUACCUCCAGGCAAGUAAUUUAAUUGUACCACUUCACCGAUGUUGCGGAGUGGCCAAGGGAACAAAAAAAUGUAUCCAUGUAGGCCACUGAGCUCCAGCCCCUGGAUUGGCAGUUACUGAGGGUAAAAAGCAAUAUGUUGUAAUAGAAUGUAUAAAUAUUUUUGAUAAAAACAGUGUAUAUUUUAUAAACCCCUUAACACUAAAAGCUGUACCUCAAAAGUUGAAAAGUAAUUUAGACCAGACACUGUGUGUAUUUGUAAACCAAGACCUAUUUCUGGCAUCUGUUUUUCUGUGGGCAAACAUUGACUCUUGGAAAUAAAUUUCCCACCUGGUCCUUACCUCUAGCACUAUUCAGCACUGUAACCUCACAGGUUCAUCCUGGCCAGGAGUUUGCGUUCAUGGGCUAAGGCAGUGAGCAUCGCACUCAAAUGACUUAAAAACUGGUAAUUUUAUUAAUUCAAAGAAGAAACACAAACCACUGGAGUAUGCAAGGCUAAGGUGGUGGUUUAAAAUCAAGAUGCUGGACACACCUGCAGGGUUAGGCAGGGGAGAGGCUUAAGGGAUUAAAAAAAAAUAAUCAUUACUAGGUCUAAAUCAGGCCAGUCCCCCACAGGAAUGGGGCAGGCACCUUCCCCACUGCUACAAAUCACGUUGGAAAGAGUGAGUCAACUCCUCAGCAUUCCUUGUUUCCAGGUUCUAUAUUGACUAGAAACAAAUUAUGUUCCUGUAUCUAGCUGAAACCAAUACUUUUGAGGUACAGUCAGCUUGCCCCUUUUGGUUCCCAAAUAUAUAUAUACACAAGCAUCUCACAGGGUGCUUAAUACUUACAAAAGUAUCCUCAAACAUACCUUUUUGUAACUACAUCUUGUACAGAAAUCUUUUUUUAAUCUAAGCAAAUCACUAAAAAAAAAAAAAACUUAGAAAAAAUUAGAGGGCAGGGUAUGUUCACCCAGUUAAGCUGAAAAAAGCACUAAUUUUAUCUCUGUAGUUUUUUAAAUAUUUUUAGGCAGAUUAAGAUUUAAACCCUAGAUUGUAAAUAUAUUUUGCUAUACUUUAUCUGUAUGUGGCUGCUCAAGCACUUUGUAAGGAAAUUAGGAUAUUUUAGAAUGGUACACUAUGCAUUAAAUGAAAUGUGCCUUUAACAAAUGUCAUUCUAAGUGUUUUGCAGUCAUUAAUAUCACAAAUUAAAGGUUUAAAUAGAGUAA